GAACUGUUUUUAUAUUAGCUUUAGUGAGACGCGCACUCAGCCCGAAGCCAAAGUUCGACAAAGUAAUUCCCUUAGCAAUCUCACAAUGCAGAAAGACUUACGAUAUUGGAACUACUAUUACUUCUGACGUGGUCAUCAAUCAGCUUCUGCACGAAACCUGUCACUUCCAGUAAACAUAGCCUGAAGAGUCUUAUAGAAACUUCGGACGGAACAUACGAUUGUGUUUGUUCCAGAAAGAACCGAAAUGCACCUUUGAUACCGGAACUGCUGGGGUCAUCGAACAUUCAACGAAUGGCAAUUUACUUAUAUAAAGAUUUAAAUUCAAACCAAUUUAAAAUGUACAUACCGGGUGUCGAAAAGCAAGAAAUGAUGCCAGAUUACGCUCUUGAAUCUGGUGAUAAAUUUGGAGACGUACCGAUCGAUUUGCGUAUACAAGAUUUGUUUGAUAGUAAUCUUAAAAUCGUAGUAUUUCCCAAUAAAUUAGCUGUACAUAAGUAUGGAAAUUCAAUUCCAUUUAAUUACGCAUCGACCGAUAUGCCAUUGAAGUCGGCACCACAAAUAAGGAAUCCAAAAAAUUUCAAUAAAUAUCUUACGUUUUUAAAUGGGAAGACUGAUGCGUUCCCAGGAACAUUGCAAGAGCAUCUGGACAGUACCAGCGGGGAUUCUGUUCCACUGUCCGCGCAUAAUUUUAAUAAUCUCAUCAGCCCAAUCCAUUCUCAGUAUAAUCCUAACAAAAAUCCGGAUAAAACAAAGGAGUAUGACGAUUUCAGAAUAUUUGAGAAAUGGCUGGACCAGCAACUGGGACCCUUGAUGGCGAACCAAGAUACAAAACUACUAAAGAACUACUUAUUUGGUAUGCUAGUAAAACGUGGUAUAAAUAUAGCAGAUAAAGACGCUUCAAAGGGUCCAAAUGAAAUAGCCUUAGAUCUUUCGAAUGUUAAAACGCAUUAUGCCUUGAUCGAUAACGCAUUGAUGUAUAACGACACAAAUAAUAUAAGAAUCAAUAUACCUAAUCCACAUUUCGAAGCCCUCGUUGUUUCUUUGAAGCACCCUCCAAGGAUUCUUGGGUACGUGCCCAUAGAGACAUCGAACGUUAAAAAAUUUAAAUCUAGAAAUCAUGAUUCAAAGUUUCUGGAAUCGUUUGGAGCUCAAUACGAUUUCGGCUCUUUGAAUGGAAUGAAGAACUGUGUUGAUGGUCAAUGUGAAACGGUUCCAGUCCAAAAAAAUCUACAGUUGAAUUUAGAUCACGAUGAUGACAAUAAAGCCGAGAAAAGUAUCGUCCAUAAAUAUAUUGGUGGAUCGUUAAGGAAAUCGGAUAAUUACAACAAUCAAGUAUUCAGGCUAUUAACGAAAUCCGAACCUAAUUUCGAUACGUCAGAAGAAGGGGAAUUUGAAAAGAAACAAUCAAUUGAGAAUAAAUCUCCUAAGUUGAUGAAGACUUUGGUAAAAUAUAUAAUCGGUAAAGUUAACGAAGAGGCUCCGGAGGAUGAUGGAACAGAUUCUUCUCAUGAAGACGGGCCGGCUGUGAGAAUCGUUGGCGGGUCAGCAGCUACAGGCAGUGGUACUCCAUUGAGCAGUAGAGGUCGAUCAGGUCUACCGUAAUCACGAUAAACGAAAUGACAUCGUAUUUAGGUUAAUGACAAUGGCUAAUUUUCUUACGGACUCUGAUUAAGUAUUCAAUUUAAUAAAUUAUUGGGUUUGGCCGCAUCUUUC